AUGGAGGUGAGGAUCAAAUCAUGGAUGGAACCGAUACCGGAACCAAUGGAGUUAGUGUUCACUUUAAGGAUUCCCAAUGAUGUAAGUCGUUUAAUGAGAUUUAUCUCUAGUGUAUAUGUUAGUUCACUUCCAUCUGUACUUAUUUUAGUGGAAGACACUAUACCAUAUUUAGCACCAAAUUCUUUGCCUAUUUCAUGCAUGGUAUGGAAUGUGCAAGGAGCCGGUAGUCGUACCUUUAUUAGUGCACUACGGGAUGUAACAAGAAAUCAUAAACCUAAUGUGUUUGCACUUGUGGAAACUCAUAUGGGGGUUCAACAAGCUGAGAGAAUUGCUUCUAUAGUAGGAUAUGCAGGUCAUACUAGAAUGGAUGCUCAAGGUUUUAGUUGGGGGAUUUGGGUGUAUUGUAAACCGAAACUUGUAACAGUGGAACCGAUUAUACAACACAACCAACAUAUAACUAUGGAUAUUAGAAGGGUAGGAGGUGAUCCUUGGUAUUUUACAGCACUUUAUGCUAGCCCGAAUCAAACAAAAAGGAGUGAUUUAUGGCGUGAGAUUAAAGAUUUUUUUGCAACACAUAACCAGCUGUGGAUGCUAGCUGGUGAUUUCAAUGAUACUCAAUUUGGUUAUGAGCAGAGUACAUCUUGUCCCGAAACUUCUAGACGUGCAGCUAGGUUCAAUGAGUGGGUAGAAGAUAUGAAUUUAUUGGAAUUUAGUGGUCCGAAUCAUACUUGGGCUCGAGGAAACUCUAUGGCUACUCGUACUAGUGCUCGUCUCGACAGGGCUUUAUGUAACGGAGAAUGGAGUCUGCGAUUUGCUAAUGCCGAGGCAAGGAAUUUACCUGCGGUUUAG